AUGCUAAAGUUUUUAAUACUUUGUGUCAUUGGAUUAUCAGUGUUCGGAUACACAUUCCCAUAUGAUGGAGAUGUGUUAGUACUUAAUGAUAAUACAAUAAAUGCUGCAAUCAAGCAGUAUGAUUACUUAUUAGUCGAGUUUUAUGCUUCAUGGUGUGGCCAUUGCAAACAAUUUGCCCCCGAGUAUUCUCAAUUUGCUACACAAGUGAAAGAAGCUGGUCAAUCUUUCAUUGUUGCCAAACUAAAUGGUUUAAUAAUUGAAUUUGAAAAUAGAUACAAAGUAUCGAGUUUCCCAACGAUAAUAUUGCUAAUUAAAGGACAUGCAGUACCUUAUAAUGGAGAUAGAAGUGCUAGUGGAUUAAUGAAUUUUGUAACUCAAGCUCUUGAGGAUAAAUUAGUGAGAGUUGAUGAAAUUGAUGAUGUUUACAAGUUUUUAAGUGAUAAUACCUUGAGUGUAUUAUAUUUCGUUAAGGAUUCUCAACAACCUGAAUUACAGAUUUAUUCAUUGGCUGCUAAAAUAUUCCCCAAUUUGAAAUUUGGUUAUACCACUUCAGCAUAUGCCAGAAAAUUAUACGAUGUAGAUGAAGGAUAAAUAGUCCUAUUCAGAACAUUCGAGGAGAGAAGAAAGGAAUUCACAGAUUCAAUAACCUUAGAAAAAUUAACAAAUUUCUUAUAUGAGAAUUCAACUCCAUCAUUUGAGGAAUUAGACAACAAGAGCUACGCAUCCAUAUUUAAUAAAAAUACACCAGCUUUGAUUCUUUUUUGGAGUCAAUAAAGUUAAGAAACCAAGGAUGUUCUAAAAUUGAUAGCUCCAAACAUCAAAAAAAGAAUCACUGUAGUUUCUGUUUACUCUGAUAAUUACAUGUUGAAUCAAGUCACAGGUCAAUUGUUUAUUAAUACUCCCACAUUCCCUUCUUUGUAUUAUUAUAAGACAACCAACGAAGUCUAUAAAUUUGAUGGACAAAUCACUGUUGAGAAUGUGAUGAGAUUUGUUCAUGGGGCCAACAACGGAAAAAUUGCAAGAAAACAAAAAUCUCAACCUAUACCAACUCAAACAUCCAAUGUUCUCAAAGUUGUUGGAGAUACUUUUGAUGAAUUGGUUCUGAAUUCAAAUAAGAAUACUUUAGUUCAGUUUUGUCAAACUUCCAGUAGCAAAUGUUAUGAACCAGAAUUUGAAGAUUUGGCUAAGGAAUUGAAGGGCAAUGAGAAUUUAGUGUUGGCUCAAAUAGAUUUGUCAUACAAUGAUUUGGAGAGUGUGAAGAUUGAAAACUACCCAGGAUUUAAAUUAUAUAUUCCAAAGGUGACAUCUAAUCCAGUUAAUUUUGAUUAAGAAUUUAGCAAGGAGAAUCUUUAUGCCUUUGUUAAACAAAAUGUUUAGCUUACACAUACAGAAUAAAACAAAAGCAAAUCUGAUUUGUGAAUUAUUUUAUGUAAAACCAGAAUAUGUAUUUUAUUUAGUAGUUUA